AUUUUGGCGACGCGUUCAAAACCGGAAGUAGGAAAAGAAAUCUGACGUUUCAUGAGUGGAUUUUCACUGUAAUAUUUCGAAGAUGUCACGGGCUAAACCAGAGGAUGAUGAGUACUGGAACAGCUCCAAGUUCAAAGCGUUCACGUUUGACGACGACGACGACGAGUUUUCAAGGCUGAAAGAGUCCAAGCGGGCCGUGAACAGCAUCUUGGUGGAUGACGAUGACGAUGAUGAAGAUGAUGUGGAGAGAGUCAGCUGGAGCGGGGAACCUGUGGGAAGCAUCUCUUGGUCGGUGAAGGAAACCGCCUCCAGUAUUCGUUCAGGCAACGAGCAGAGCUUUCCCAAAAUAGACACCGCCCCGUCGCUGUCCAAGCAGGGCUCUGGAUACUCCCUAAGCGCCCUGUUUAAAGCGAAGAGUAAACCUUUCCAGUCCUUCUCCGAGUCUUUUAGCGACACGUCUGUUAGAACAUACGCACCUGAGCUGAGAAAGCCCAAGUCAGAUGGAAAGGAUUUUGUCAGCGACCUGAGUCCUGAGGAAACCGUGAGGAGAAUGCAGAAAGGACGGGCAUUUUCCCUAGAAAAGUUCCGCUCUCUGCAAGACAAGCUUCUGCUGCUAGAUGAAGCAGUUGCUGUUUAUGAUGGCAAUGUCAUCACUGCUGUCUUGAUAUAUUUAAAAAAGUCAUUAAGCAAAGAAAUUCUCUUUCGAGAGUUAAUGGCCAGAGAUGUGGCUUUGCGUCAUUACGUCCAUUAUUUAAAAGAAAUGGGAGAGCAAAAGCUUUUGGUUGAGUUACUGAAGGCUCUUGGCAGGACAGAAGACAUGGCGUUGAUGCAGUACAAAGAACACUUGAAUAUUAAGGAUGAAGGGCGAAGAAGAGACUUCCUCAAAAGCUGCCUCGGCCUUCCUUUCUCUCAAGACGAUGCCACUCACGUUCAAGACCACUAUACGCUCCUCGAGAGACAAAUAAUCAUAGAGGCUAGUGACAAGAAGGCCGAUGCAGACAUCUUUAAGAAGUUCCCUAGAAAAGCAUCCAUCCUUAAUAUGCCAAUCAUUACCACAUUGUAUUACUCUUGCUUUUACCAUUACGGAGAGUCAGAGGGAACGUUUAGCAGUCCUUCGAACAUUAGAAAAACUUUCCGGAUUUCAGAAAAGCAGUACAUUCUCACAGCCCUCGGCGCAAGAGCGAAGUUAAAAUCCUGGUUUGACGUGGACAGCCUGUUCAACACCAAGAACUGGCUGGGGUACACCAAGAAAAGGUCUCCCAUCGGCUUUCACAGAGUGGUGGACAUCCUGCAGAAGAACAGCGCCCCCGUGAACGUGCUGCAGGAGUACGUGAACCUCAUCGACGACACCGAGCUCAAGCUGAGCGUGGCUCUGAAGUAUAAAUGCCACGACAUCGUCAUCAACACGUACAGAGACCUGAAGGACCGGCAGGAGCUUGUUGUGUACAGAGAGAAGCUGGAGCGAGACUCGCCAGAAUACAGGAAGAUCCAGGAUCUCCUCAGUAACUCGCAAAUGCGAUGGAAAAACUGACGCUUGGAUCGUGACACGAGGCAGCGAUGAGCAGAUGUUUGGCAAGAGCUCUUUCAGAGACCACGUUACGCAAAAAAAACACUAGGAAGCUGCUAAAUGUGGAGCGAGAUCCUCGCAGCCAUCGAACGUUUUAGACCACCAGUGGAGCGCGUCCUUCGGAGGGAUUCUUUGCGUCUGUAAGAUUAAUCUGCCAAGUGUCCUUCUGCCAACUCUACAGGUGAACGUUUCUAAAGGGAGGCUACCGGGGAACAACACGCUCUUUCUCCGCUCGCACCUUUUUUUGUUUGGCCGUGUUUGAAUAUCUGAACAUUCCACCCGCUCUCUUUUUUUUUUAAUUGAUAUUAAAAAUAAUAUGCUAAA